AUGAAGCUCUCUACUGCUCUCUAUCUUUUGGGGAUCACCAGCAUUGCCGCUGGUAACCCUCUACCCCAAGAUGAGGAGGACCCGGAGCCUUCGUUCUCUUUCACGCGAGGACCACGCCCUACCGCGAGCAUGUCGCGUCCCAUGCCAACCGCCAGCUUCUCUCGCCCACCCAUGCCGACCAUCUCGAAGCCUUCGCUUCCUCCUGUUCCGACCGUGAGCUUCUCGCGCCCACCCGUUCCAUCCAUGUCCAAGCCUUCUCUUCCUCCGUUCCCAACCGUCUCGCACCCGGCGCCGCCCAGCUCGAAGCCUGCUGGUCCCACAGCACCGAGCUCCAGGCCCCCCAAGCCUAGCCACAGCACUCUCUCUCGUUCAGUGAAACCUACCUUCUCCAUGCCCACUGGCGUUCCUACCGUCAAGCCAACCAAGACCGCCAAGCCUACUCGUACCUGGAGCAUGCCCCCGAAACCCACUCAGACCGAUGAUGAUGGUGACGAUGACGGUGACGACGAUGGUGAUGACGACUUGGCCUCCUAA